AUGUUUGGAGGUUCUCCCCCUUCCAAUAGUCCGCAUUUACGGAAGUCUGGUAGCAGACCAGUUGUCUAUGAUCUUGAUACUAGCAAUCUAGGAAAUAGUGGUGAAGAGGUUCUCCUACUUCCAGUAGAGUCUGAUGAAAUGAAGGGUGUGAGUACGCCGUUGAGCACUACAGCAAUCUUGCCAUCUCCAAUUCUUUUAUGGAGAUUCAAGGUGAUAUUGUUUUUCAUUUGGGGUUUCAUUUGCUGCAAGAUUGGAUGGGAUUCUGUCAUGAGAAUGAGCGCAGACCUGAGGGAUUUAUUUUUGUACGAGGCCUUUUUGUACUACAAUCCCCUUCUUCUGGUGACCAUGACAGUUUGGCUUUGGGGUGUCAAUUUAUGGGUUUUUGCCCAGGGUAGUGUGAACUAUGCCAAGAUUUUUGACCUUGAUCAAAGUCAUCUCACCCAUGGGGAAAUAUGGAAGUGUGCGACCUGGAUGACAAUCAUUGUCCCUACUAGCAUGACGGCAUAUUUAUAUCUUUAUUCUCAUGGCGAGGUUGCCUUAGCUGCAUCUCAACCAGUGCUUCUAUAUGUUGCUGUAGCGAUGGCUCUUAUAUCUCCCUUUGAUAUUUUCUUUCUGUCAUCUCGCUAUUUCUUGUUGAGGACUCUUUGGCGAAUAGUAUUCCCGUUGCAGGCAAUCACAUUUGCAGACUUCUUUUUGGCGGAUAUACUAACCUCCAUGUCAAAGGUUUUCUCAGAUUUGGAGCGUUCAACUUGUCGCAUGAUUCACCGGCAGGUCGCCACUAUUGCUUGGUUUGAAGCUGAUUCUGUUUGUGGCAGUCAUGCAGUUGCAAUCCCAGUAGUUCUUGUUUUGCCUUAUCUUUUCCGGUUAUUUCAAUGCCUUCGGCAAUAUAAAGACACUAAGGAAAAGAAUUGCUUGUUGAAUGCUUUAAAGUACUCCACAGCAGUACCUGUAAUUUUUCUUUCAGCCCUCAAGUAUCACGUGUUUCCUGAUAACUGGACGGGCAUAUAUCGACCUCUGUGGCUUCUUUCUGGUGUUGUGAACUCUCUAUAUUCAUUCUACUGGGACAUUACCAGAGAUUGGGACUUGAGCUGUUUCACUCGGAUUUUCAAGUUCAACCGACCCAAUCUCCUAUCUCACAUGUUAUAUGGACGAAAAUGGGUCUACUUUUGGGUGAUUGGAAGCAAUCUGAUCCUGCGAUGCACAUGGACUUACAAGCUCUCUGCCCAUCUCCGCCAUAAUUACAUCACUGUGUUUACAAUAACUGCCCUAGAAAUUGUUCGCCGUUUUCAAUGGGUAUUCUUCCGUGUGGAAAAUGAGUGGAACAGAAUGACAGCUUCUAAAUCGAACAUUGAGCUCUCAAUGGCCGAUAUGCCAACCGAGGAACAGAAGUUGCUCAACUCCAAUGGCCACAAUGCUAACAUUACAACUCUCACCAUUGUACUCCGAGGCUCCAAUAUCACCGUUUUGUAUCGGUUCUUGCGUCGAAAAAUUGUCUUCGAGUUCUCUCACCAGCAUAUUGGUGGAGCUGGAAGCCUUGAAGUGUGA